AUGGCCCCUGCAACCAAAACACAUUCAGAUAAGGCACUUAUGGUUGAAAUACCAUAAAUCAAUAAAGCAUUGGUCAAUAAGGUUGUUCACUCCUCUGUAUGCAAUAUUUUGCAGGAAUAUAGAUCUCAAGACUCCAUUUGCAAGGACAUAAAUAAUAAUGGUGAAAAUUUAGCAAAGAGGCUAGCUAAUGCAGUAAUAGAAGAAAUUUUUCAACAUCAGUUAAAUUUGUUACUGUGUGAUGAGGCUCCAGUUUCAGUAUGUUUGCCUCUAGAAUCUAAGGAGGUUAUUAAAAAAGUCCAAAAGAUGUCCCAAACAACCUGCAAAGAAUGUCAAACAUUAUUGCCAUACACCAUAAUGCUGCCUCAUGAAUUUUUAGAAAACGUAAUUUCUUCUCUUCUAUCAAAAAUUUUCUCAACAGUAACCAACACUAAAACAGAAAUGUCUGAGGACAAUUUGUACACAGAACUGGAUUUCCUUCAAAUGAAGUUAAUAAAUACGGUUAUGACAGAGAUUUCCAAAAGUGAAGAUAUGGUUAUACAGUAUAUAGAAUCCUUACAUCCUAGUGAUGAUGAAACUACUCAAUUAGUGGCUCAGACUAUUUAUACUAAUCUCUUGCCACAAUUUGGAUCUCAAGAGAUCAUACAAAAUUGUGUCAUCAGUGGUUGCAGAAUUCUUUCAGAAACCAUAGCUAAUUUAGUUGUACAAGAAGUAGCUGGCAAUCAGUUGCAGAACUAUUUUUCUGGAGAGCUAACCCCACAUCAGUGUACAGAAGUAGACACUGUUGUUGAAAAUAUCCUUAAUGACAUCAUCCAAACCACGGAAGUUCCUCUGCCCCAGCCAUCACAUGCUUACAAACUGCCUUUUAACAUAAUGAAAGAAAUUGCUGUAAAUUUUUUAUCAAAGCUUUUAUCUAUGUUUCCAAAAGUGGGUAAGGGACAAAACAAUUCUCUAAAUGCUGAAAUGCAAAAAAUAACCUCAAAAAUUUUAAGGUCACUCCAAGAACACAUCUCUAAAAGUCAGAUUAAAGUUGUACUGCAGGCCAAGGAAUCACCCACUCUAUCUUUAGCAGACAGUGCAACUAUUGAAAAAGUAGUUACUUCUGUUUACAACAGUAUUUUAAAGCACUCUGGCUCUCAUCCUUCAGUGUAUAAAGAUUUAAUGGGUAAAAGCAAUGUUCUCUCUGAUACAAUAGAUUUUUUAAUGGUGAAAGAAAUUUCCAGCUCAGAAUUUCAGCUUCAAGUGAAAGAAGAAGAAUCACAUUCAGGAUUAGUUCUGGAAGCUGUCAAAAUUACAGAAAAAGUGGUUAAGAUUAUUGAUAACAUUAAGUUGAAGAAAAAGCCUUCAUCCAGAAAAAAUUCUGUGCUAGAUGCCAUGUUUUUAGAAGAAACAUUGGCCUUGUUCUUAGCUAAACUAGUCAAGUUGCCAAGUGCUGUAAACAAAGAUGCUAAAAACUUAUCAAGGCCUGAGUUAAAUAAAACUGCAUCUCAACUGACAAAAUCUGUGAUAGCGGUAAUUUCCAAAAAUAACCUUAGUGUUGUAGCUGCUAGUCCUGAAGAACACUUUUUAAAUCCAGAAAGUAUAGAAAUGAUUUCUCGGCUUGUUGAUUCUGUUUAUAAUCAUGCACUACAACAAACUGGAACACAUGAAGAACUUUAUUAUGAUGUGAAAAAUACAAACAGAUUCUUCCCUAAAAAAGUAGCUUCUUUAAUUGUUAGUAAAGUUUUGAAUUAUCCAUUAGAAACAGUUAGCUCAAAAGAUUCACAUGCUGAUCUCUUUGGCGAUUUGGACAUCAGUCAAAUUGUUGGAAAGGUGCAUGAGCAUGCUGUUAAAAUGGAGUAUGAGACAGAAAAAGAAAAGACAGAUCAAUAUUUGACUGAAGAGAUUAAAAUAGUUCCUCACCAUGGAAAACAACCAAUCAAUGUAGAUCCAGAUAUCGUUGCAGAA